AUGAUUCAUUCCAUGUUUAAUAUGUCCAAACAAAAUGUUCGUUCUGAUCCAUUAAAUAACACAGAAUUUAUAAACUACAAUGCGUCACUUGCGUACAAAACGGAGAUUAUUUUGAAAGAUAAAGCUACAUAUGGGACAUGGACAACAAAGUAUGAGCCAUGGCUGGCUAAUGAAUAUCGUCAAAUGUACGAUCGUAUGGCCAAAGUUCACGGUAUUUCUCGUGAAAAUGACAUAAUUCCUGUAAAACGGCCAGAAUGGCAACAAUCAAGUGACGUUCUCCCACCGAUAAAUCAACGUCUAUGCGGUCAACGUCGCCGACGUAUUCCAGGUGCGUUUCCUCAAACAAUGAAUGACAUGAUCGGAUGGCGAGUUCUACCCAAGCAGGCCGUUGAAGUGUAUGGAAGUACAACAGCGGCGUAUUAUGGUAAUCCAAUAGAAAAACGAUUAAAGCUUUCCAAUUGGCCUAUCGAAAGUCUCCAUUAA